CGAACGUUGCUUUUCAUCGGAAUAGUUUGCUGCUGUUCGUGAAACAUUCAGCAGUGCGUUUGCUGACAAGGGAGUGCCGAAUAAGACAUGGACAGAAUAUCGGGAAACAGGAAGCUUUCGCCUGUGACAAGUGCACAUUCAUCGCGUGAAAAGCCGAAAUUGCGUCCUUAACUUAUUUAAAGCAGUGCCUCAGCUACAAGAAUGUAUUGCCGUUGAAUUUUUAGUUGCGUUUUCAAUGGAUCGUUCUGUAGUUUACUAAGCGAAGCAAGUGGAGUGUGUGUGCGUAUUUAUCUGGCUCAGGUUAUGGACCGGUAGCGAGCUGUUGUGAACACGGCAAUGAACCUUUGUGUCGGGGAUUUCUCAAUUAGAUGGGUUUUGUUGAUUUCCAUGGUUGUCGCUUUUGUUUACAAAUUGGCUUAUAAUGGACGUGCAAUCGUUAUGGGAGAAUUAAUAUUAUCAGUAAAUGCCUUAAACGGACUACAAUGUAGCCUGAACAGUAAAUGGAUGGUGUUGGACUCCAAGAACAGCGGCCACAAUGACUAUGGCAGUAUCCAGGGUCACAGUAAUGGUAUUGGUAGCGGUCCGCUAAAUUUGGAUCAUGCUGUAGAUAUCCCAGAUGUGGCUCACCAGUCCUGUAGUGAUGACACAGGGCUGCGUACUGUUAACGAGAACGUGCGUCUUACUCACAAUAUGACCCAGUCUGAUCUUUACCAACGACAGCCGCUGCUUCCCCCUGGCACAAAGGGCAAUGCCUGGACCAGCAGUAGUGCAGGAAGUAUCCUGUCGCCUCCCAUUGAGUACUACGAUGAAGAUGACAAGUCGGAUGGACUGGCCAUCCAUCGUGGCAGCGUGCCAAAUGGAGUCGUCAAAAUCGAUGUUCCGGCUCCUCUUCGAGAAGAACCACGGUUUCCCAAAGAAAAAUGGAAAGCAUUUAUUGCAUUUUUGAUCCUGACUGCAAGUUUUAUGACAACCACACUGACCUUGGCAUUAAUCCAUGAGCGAGUGCCUGACAAAGAAGUUGGCCCCCUGUCAGAUAUAUUCCUGAAUACAGUAGCAGAGGCAGAUUGGGCGCUCGAUGUUUCCGAGAUACUCAUCAUGAUAGCAACAACUGCGUCAUCCUUUGUUCUUGUCUUCCACAAACACCGGUUCAUUGUAAUGCGACGGGUGUUCAUGAUUCUGGCAACACUGUACCUGAUGCGUUCCGUCACAAUGUAUGUGACGGUUUUGCCAGUCUCCAGUCACAAUUAUUACUGUGCACCAAAGAUGAAUGUCACAAGCAGCGUGGUGGUGUUGAAGCGAGCGUGGCAGUUGAUGAUUGGUUUUGGUCUCUCGAUUAAUGGGCGACACAUGUACUGCGGAGAUUACAUAUAUAGUGGCCACACUGUGAUUCUUGUCAUGAGCUAUCUCAUUAUAGCAGAGUAUUCCCCACGAAGGUGUUUCCCCAUCCAUUGGCUGUCCUGGUGUUUAUCACUGACUGGAAUUGUUAUGUUACUCUGGUCUCACGGGCACUACACCGUAGAUGUUAUCAUCGCGUACUACGCCACCACCACUCUCUUCUGGAUAUAUCAUACUCUUGCCAACAAUCCAAAUCUUAAGCACAGUGGUCCAAAUAACUUCCUUUCGCGGAUGUGGUGGUACCCAUUGUUUUGGUACUUCGAAAAGAAUGUUGGCGGUCCGGUUCCGCGGCAGUACGAGUGGCCUCUGCCCUGGCCUCGCCGAUGUCAUGGAAAGCACCCUAAUCGGGACAGUUAGUGAGAACUGAAUCUUGGUAUUUGCAGUUGUGGUUCUAAAUAUUUCAGUGUGUUAAUGUGAUUUAAGAAGUGUUAUUGCACCUUGUGAUGAGAUCAUGCUGAUGGUAAAAGAGCUCAAUGCAACUGCCAUAGAUUGUAGGAACAAUCCUCAAUGUAUUUUGCAUCAAAUAAUAAGAAGAAGAAGAAGCAAAGAUUUUAUGUAUAGGUUAUGUUGUAGGCUGCUGAAACCUUUUAAUUAUUGUGGCUAUGGACUGAAAGAUGUUAGGUGUGCCUCAUUCCUGACAACAGAUACCAUUAUUAUGUCAUAACAUAAGCAGUAAGGAGUAAGUUAUGAACUGUCAGUAGGUUAAGGUGCUGUAUAUAUCAGGGUAUGUUCUAAGCUUUUUAAUAAUAGUAUGCAACAUAUUGCAUUGAGAGAUGGGACACAAUCAUUUGUCCCAUUUCUUUUUGCUUACUCAUAUCCACAAAAGUUGAUAAUUUUGUUAGCAGCAUCAACUUAUUGUUGUGUCAAAGUGCUGCCAUCAGUGUCACAGAUGAACCUUGCUAAGAGUGAUUGUGGAAUUGUCAUAGUAUCUUUGGAUGUUAGGGUUAAUUGAGUGUUAUGGGUUGGUAGCAUUGUGUAUAAGGUGAGAAUGUGUUUUGUUUUAGUUCCAGCAUUGUGCAUUCAUGUAAUGUUUGUGUUUAAAUUUUUUUGUUGUCAUUUAUUUAUUUCUGUGGAGUGGUUAAGGAAAUAAUGGUUAAUGGUUAUGGAGGAGGGUGAGAGGGGUAUUUGAAAUAACACAGUUGAUGGAAAGAAUGGAAUUAAGCCUGAAGAUUGGUCCACACUUAUUUCAGGUAAAUGGUUAUCCUGGAUAUCUUUAUUUUGGUAAUAAUAAAUUAACAGGUGUAAAAUUUGUUGCUUGCAUUCCAGUAUAUGUUGCAAGACUUUCUAAUUUUGGAGUGCAUAAAUUGUUGACACAAUAGUACAUUUUACAGAUACAUUUAAAUUCAAAGGCAUAUAUUCUGUUGUGGUUUUAUAACUUUUACAACUACCACUUACUUAUUUUAUUUUGUAAAUAUGUUGGUUUUACUGAUUGCAGUUUUGAGAAUUUCUUUAAAACAGUUGAAUUUUAAAUUAAAGUGUGAUACUGCUGUCUGCAAAUACAGGCAUGUUGUCAACAUUUUAUGUUGCUGCUGUAUGCUUACUGCCAAAAUUUCUUGUAGUGUCAAAUCAAAUGCCAUUUUACAAAACUGUAAUGUGUUAGACAUUAUGGGAACAGCCAACCAUAGUGUUGUCUCUCUCAGAUCCUCCUCAAAUCUCGGAGUUGAACUGUUCCUAAGCAUGCUCAGGUCUUAACAUUAGUUCUGCAUGAAUGGGAGAUGAUAGAAAGCAGAUGAGAGAAUGCGAGAUUGAAAUCGGGAAGUGGUGUUGCAUAAAGUAAAAUUUGGAUACGUCCUAACUUCCACAUCGAAAAAUAAAUUAUAUAUAUAAUUAAUGUUUUGAAGUCAUUAUGCUAUAAAAUAAUUUUUUAAGAGGAAACCAAAGUUGAAUGAUUAAUUUAUAAUGGAGGAAAUUGAAUCUUCACAAUAUUUAUGAUAUAUACACAUAACUUACUGUAUUGUGUAUACAUAUAUAUUUUGUGGAUCUGUGUUACUGUCUUAGAGGUUGGUGGAUGUUAAUAAGUUGUCAUAUUUAUUGCCUUAGAAAACACUGAAUGAUGGGAAUAUUUUGUGCAUCGUAUUACUACUAUAACACACAAAACGGGGUUAACCCAAAUUUUAAAGUUGUGUUUUAGCAUGUUAGGGAAUGAAAUAUAAUGUUGAAUUACAUGUAUUUUGUAUUAUUAUAGUUCUGUUGCUGUUAUUGUAACACUAUAUAUACAUUAUCUGCAUUAUUUAUGGCAUUACUACAGCAACUGUUAGUUUGUGUUAUGUGUAUGUGGUGGGUUUUUAAGAUGUGAUAAAUAAUUAUACUUGCAAUUUUUAUUUGAUCGGAUAUUUCGGCUUUAGAAUGGGAGUGAGGAAUACGUGUAACAGUUUUUUAGGACAGCGAAAUUUUAUGUGGAACAAUAAGUUCAGGUUUUUGAAAAUUAUAAUAACUACUAUGACAUAUGUACUGAUGAAACAUAGGCAAAAUAAUAAUUUUUAAAUAUGUAAACUUUAUUAUAAAAUUAUAUUUUAUGUUAACAUUCUCGGUGAGUAAUGCGCUCUAGGCCUGUUUUUCUGGCUUCUGUUAUAUAGAUAAUUCUCUCAUCAUAAGAAAACAUGUCAAUGUCAGAAAUAAAAAUAUAUAUUACAUCGCUAAACAUGUCCUUCUAAGGCCAAUAGUGCCAAAAUUUUCAAACUACAUAAUUUUGCAUGAUAAAUGAAUAUGAAUAAUAUGCUAUACAAAACAGAAAUAUUUAAAUAACUAUUUGAAAUGAGUACAUCCACAAGUAUUUUCUCUUUUUCUGGUUGCUCUCUGAAAUGAUGCACUUUAUUUAAAAUCAUUGCUGAUUAAUUAUAACAAAGCAAAUGAUUUAUUUAAUGAUGCUUCACACAGUCUGGAGAUUUUAUACAGAAAUUACUGGAAAUGCAAAAAUUUGCAUACAGAAGAUAAACAGUCAUGUAACAUUUACAAAUCUGGUCACAAUGGUACAGUUUAUAGGAAUGUGAGGAAUGUGAAGUUCUAUGUGUAGAACAAAUUACGAUGAAGUCUCCAUUUAAUGAUCUCCUGGGAAAUGGUGUUUGCAUACAGAAUGACAGAAGUGAUAAUCAAUGUUAAGUUAAGACUAUAUAAACAAUAUAAAAACAAAUUCCAUGAAGUGUCAGCAGUGAUUAGAUCACAUAUUGGCAUACUUUCAGAUUCACAAAAAGUCUCAUAUUCUAUUUUUAAUUAAUUAAUCUUGGGCUAUCAGCCGUGUCAUGUGGUUCUCAAAAUGUUGGCGUUAUCUCCAUUCAGCCACUUGGCACUGCUGGCAGCCCGAGAAGAAUUCAUUAUAAUAAGUUGCCGUGAAAGCUUCAGAUAAUAUACGUAUAUUCUAUUUAGUUUAUGAAAUGAAAGGUUUCAGUCAAGGGACUUUCAUGUUGGUAGAAAUGAUGGUAGCUGAUGGGUCCAUGUUACCAACUUAAUAAAUAUGAAUGAAGAUUGUUUUGUAAGUAAUA